GUUAGUAUAACCGAAUUGAGGUUUAUUGAUUCUUUUUACCCUUGCGUGUUCUACGUUGUUCCUUUUUGACUGUUCCUCCAGUACAGGGCUUAUUACCACCGCCUGGUGAUAUUUACAGCAAAAUGUUCACCCAGCCUCAGACGCUGACCAAGCUCGUCCUCCAGAUGUCCGGUGCACCUGGUUCUGGAAAAAGCACACUAGCAAGACUGCUCAGGCCAGUCGUCAACGCAGUCAUAAUAGACCACGAUGUUCUGAGAUCCAGUCUCCUCGAAUCAGGCAUCAUUCCAUUCGAUCAGGCCGCAAAGCAGGCCUACCUACUCCAGUGGGCGCUCGCCCGAGAUGUUAUCCAGCAAGGCCUUAGCGUCAUAAUUGAUAGCACCUGUAACUAUGAUGAGGUUCUCAAAGAGGGUUCCGCGCUGGCUGCUGAACAUGGCUACGAGUAUUGGUACAUUGAGUGCCAGGUACAGGACAUCGACCUGCUAGACCAGCGUUUGCGCGAGCGCGAUCCGAUGACGAGCCAACGAACUGCUGUAGAUUCUCCCCCUGCUGCCGCGAAGAGUGCUCGUACAGGCGUUGACUCCCGUGCGCUAUUCAAGAAGUGGAUUGAGAAUCCGUGUCGCCCAAAGAACAAUUUCAUUAUCGUGAACUCCACGGACAAUCCGGAGCUUCUUCGAGACCAUAUAUUAAUUAAGAUCAUCGGCUAAUUGAAAUAUUCACUGCCGGAAUUUUUCACUGGCAGGUAUCAUGAAGUACUUAUGGGGGUUUUGCAGAGGUGCGACGCAGUGUGAGAUUGACUAGGAAGCCCUUUAAGCUUCAUCGCGUGAAUAGUUCUAUGGAAAUCACGAGUGGCUAUUCAAGAAGCAUUCCAAUCGUAAUUUUGAGCGCUGUAUCUUUGACUACAAUUAUAGGCUAGAGGCUGAUAGUAGCGGAUCUGGCGAUCAAUGCCUUAAUUUAUCUCAAUUUGAAUGUCUCUAUCUUGGAUGUAAAUAAAGAGUAUGUCAGAUACAGAUCUUUGACAACCAUUAUACCAAUGCGGUAAUAUGCAUUCCGGUAUCGCUUGAUUAGCAUCAUAUAGGUGUUUCCAUCAAUGGUAGCAAGCCUAAUGAUUCCAUACCGCGCACUCUGGAUUCUUCUGAAUACCUUCGAUGCAUCAAGUUCGCUUUUGCUUGGAUAUAGUUUUACUUCGCCCCCGGUAAUCAGGACAAGGCUAG